AUGCCAUCUCGUCCAAACAGUGACACGGAGCAAGUGUUGCUCUUGUGUAUUUGGACAGGCCUUGCUAUAUGUCUCGGUGUGAGGAACAGGAAGCGAAGGAGACAACAGGAAACUACAGGUGUAGGCGGAGCUGAUUAUGUGGAUCGUGUCCAUAGAGAUCAGGAUGAGGAGUCAACUGAUGAACCAGCGCCCAACUAUGAUGUUCCCACCUAUGAGGAGGCGGUCACCAGCGGAAAGUACCCUGUUCGGCAGAGCAACUUGCGACAGAGUUACCAGCUGCCCUCGUAUGAGGAUCUGAUUAGUGCCGUUGAAAACGAAGGCCAGCAGCCUAGAGAAGGUAAUGGCCAAGAGGCCCCUCAGGCAGCUCCUGGCCCCGAACCUCAGCCUGCAGCACCCGUCCGCAGCAGCAGCAGGGCCAGUCGCAUCCUCAGACCUUUCAGAGUGCGCAGGAUUAAGUCAGAGAAGCUCCACAUGAAGGAUAUUCGUUUGAAUAUCCAAAAUCCUGGACAGAGUGUGGUUGUGACCAUCGAACCACUGACCCCACCACCACAGUAUGAGGACAAGCCCCCUCAACUACCCACAGAAGCAGUGUAAUGAUUUCGAUCACUGGAUUUUGUUGAGUGUUUGCAUCUGUGGGUUGUUUGAAAAAUGAUGACUCAUCUGUGCAAAAGCGGAAAGUUUUAGUAAGAGCUAAAAAAUGUCUCAAAAUCUGCCAAAUUAUGAAAUAGGAUACGUUUAUGUGUGCUGUCAGUUCUUGGACAAAACACUAAAGCCUACUUGAAUGUUUUUUAACAAACUUUUUUAUAUUUGAAGAAUGGAUUACAGUAGUGUAUCGUAUUUUUUAUUUAAAACAGUUUGAGUAAGGAAUAUAAAUGCCACAGCGCGUCUUCUUGAGAGCGUCCGAGAGAUUUACUUCACAGUUUACUUCCAAAGAACUACAUUGUACAUUGCAAAGAAAAAGAAAACUAAUUCUUAUUAAAGAAUAACUUACAGCUGUAGAAUCCAUCAAACUUUUGUUGCCAAAUGCUAAUUACCGUUUUUAAAAAUACAUUUUUCAUAAAAACA